GUCGAAAUAGUCAUAAAAGAGCUUGAAAAAGCUAAAGGCUGUGUCACGGAACAGCAGAAACACCCAUUGUGCUGGUUCGUCCUUUUCAUGCAAGGGCUACAUUGAUAACGACACUUAAACCCAAGGAAAAUGGCACAAAUUACUAAGGCAGUGUUCAUUACGAUGGCCGCGUCGGUAUUUGCUUUACCACCCGGCCGCAGUGACGCGAAGCACCAGCUGGUUCACGGUGUCACAGACGCUUUCAAGACUCUCCGAGCUUUCCCGUACGCCAUGGCCAUCUACGAUGCAGACGCUGAUGGAGAGCUCAACUGUGUAUAUGCAGUUCGAACCGAUUUCAGCGAUGAACCACUGCAGGCAACUUACGUUUUACUUGUGAACGGCAUUGGAGGGCGCCAACCACGCAACAUAACAUAUCGCAUCAAGCCAGGACCGUCCGCCGAUGUAACGUCGUUUACUAUUGACGACGACUAUGACAACGUGCACGAAUGCCAUUUUGACUACACAGACUACAAGAACUGCGUCAUCUUGGAAUUUCUCUUCGAAGGUGGGCAAGACUGCCUAUUGUGGAUUACGAAAGAAGCUUUGGCCGAUAUACCGGAGGAAUGCAUGCGCCAGUACGUUGACACCUGCGACCAGGUGGUGGAGUCUUAUGACGAAGAAACCUGUGACGCAUCUGUAGGAGCGUAAUUUCACUUGGCAUCAUCCUCAACUCUGACAAGUUGCCAUUGAAAUUCAUGAAGGAGGACAGAACAGAUUACUUGAGAAAUACUACACUGCAGUGAAAACGCAAGUUCAACUGCCAAAAAGCUCAGUUUAGAAGGGUUGUACUACAACACAGAAUAUGUUUUAAGAUAAUAAAGUUUGGGGUUGAGCGGCAGCUUCCACGAAGAAAUAAAGUAAGCAAAGCUUGAAACCCGCCGCGUUGGUUCAGCUUAAACGUCCGUAGAACACCGGCCAAAUUUUCGACCUGCCAUCGCAAGCAGUGCCAGGGGAAGUGGGCCAAUUGCAGAAGUCGACACCACUGUCCUCAUCCCGUUAUCCUUUUCACUGUGUUACCUUCGCCCCAUCGGUACAAUCUUCACUUCUGCGUGCUCCUCACCUCUUUCCAGCCAGUUCGAUAAUAAAACCCUUUCAAGGUAGCCAAUCCUGUUUCCUUUUAAAGCAAACAAAUGUGACCUCCGAUAAACGAGGAGAGCCUCUAACUGGGUUGUUCAAGUAACGCUGCUGGCCACCGCCCUGAUGUAUGCGUCCGCGGUUACGUAACUUUGACCUCUAGAGAUUGGAAUCAAAACACGUUUGAAUAGUUUUAUGUUAUAGGGUCCCAGCUGUGCUAUUUCUGUGAAUUUCUCUUCUCUUUUCCUCCAUUCCUGUUUUGCCGGUGUAGGGCGCCAUAAAUUUGUGGCUCCCUUGAAAGCUUUCGCACUUCGUGUGGGACCGGUCAUGCCAUCGUGCAACCUUCUCUGUACUACCCGUAAAGAGC